AUGAAAUUACCAUCUCAGCAAAUAUUAAAACAAAGAGUCAAAAGAACCGAUGUCAAGUGAGAUUUCUAAUAUUUCUAUCCCAAAAGUUUGCAAGCUAAACUGCCGAAAUUGACAGUUACAAUAUUUGAUGGAUCGCAAAUCAGAAUAUAGGCCGAAGGUCGAGAUUCAUUGCGAUUUCACUGCAAUGAAAAACGAUGCAAUACAAAUCCACCGGUUCACUCGAGCCCAACCUCGUACCCAGGGCUUCUGCGCUUAUUGCUCUCAGAAGCCCUGGGAUAAUCCAAACCGUAGCCUGCGUGCAGGCCCAAGGGAACUGAUAGUGGGCCUGCAACCAUCACCCCAUGUUUUCGAUUUUCGCCGGCCGAACCGCCGGCUAAAUUCCCAUUGGCUAGCUGAGGCAAUCGGUAAUUAAUUAACCUAGCGUGCAGGCCCAAGGGAACAGUGAUUCAUCACAAAGGCAUAGACAAAGGCUCUCGAUAAGCUUAAAAUUUGAAAAUUGAUCACUUUUUUCGAUUACAAAUGGAACAAGAACAGACUGUUUAUUGUUUACUUGAAGGAAGGCAUGUUUUUGCCGUUAUGCCAAUGGGGAUUGCUUGUCGUGAUGUGUUGGAAUAGCAAAUUACGACUGGGGUAAACUAUAGUAACCUUUACUUGAGUUUCAUUAAUUUCAAAGAGACUUCAGUUGAUACGUUAUGUGUUCUCACUUCCUCAAGAAAAUUAUUUUUUGGUUGAUGUUGAGAUGCAGUUGCAUGUAAGGACUGUAAGCCUAUUCGAAACACUUACAAGGCUUCGCUGAGAGAGCGAAACAGAAGGCGGUAUUAAAUUGCCGUUUGAAACGAAACGAUCUGGACUUGGAACGCUCUCUUCUUUUGUAGAGUUCUUUACCAAAUGAAAUAAAUGAAAUAAAUUUCGUACUUUCCGCCGCCAACAAGAAUUGCACACACGAUCUGAUAAGUGAGACAAUUUAUUUAUAAAAAUGCCAAUGGCGACAGCGAAGCACACAUAAUAUAAAUCCUAAUGUGGUCGCCCGACUUCCCUCAUGAUUUGAAGUUUGAGACUGGUUUUCUGUUGAAAUUCGUCCUAAUUUGCCUGUUCCGAUUUUAGUUGAAAAUGAGCACUUGCAAAUUUGGCAAUUACUGACUGCGUUGCUUGCUUUUUGGGAGUUAAAACGCAUCCAUUUACACAUUGUUUAUUAGUGUUCUGAAUAAGCAGAGAAAACCCCGCUACAUUUUAAUGCGAGUUUGUUUGUUAAUAUUUGGGUGCUGUCAUUGGUUCUUUUUUGACAAUUGACGCGCGAAUGGGGCGUGUUAUGAAAAGGGGCGUUUUACAAAAUACCGGGCGAUGGUUGCAGGCCCACUAUCAGUUCCCUUGGGCCUGCACGCAGCGUCACUUGUGCAGCGUCACGGUUAUUGAGCUCAUUGUAUUUUCGUAUAAUUAAGUAAUCGUCCAAUAAAGAUAGCUGAGAUGAAAGGUGCCAGCCACGAUGAAUAAUAUUUAAUGAAGUUGAGACAAAGGAUUUGUGCAUGGUGAGGUCCAGUUCAACAUCAAACAAAGGCCUUCUAUUUUAAGCUUUGAAGUUUGCCGCGAGGUUUGCCGGGCUUCCAGACCAAAAUAUUGACAGACUAUGACACGAGGUAAUUUAAUUGCCCAGCACAUUGCGUUGAUGGUCAGUCAUAUCUCAUUAUUUCAUUGCAGAUUUAUUCAACAGUCUUUUAUUGACAUGGAAAAUGUUUUUGAUCUCAUGAAAGAGAAACUAGAAGUAAGUGAAUGAGAGUAUUAGUCAUUUUCAUUAUGUAUUUCAGGUAUUUAUAAUGUUACAGUUUUGUAUUCCAAGAAUUCUAAGACUAUCCAAUCUGAGAUUAAAAGUCGUCCAUGGCCAGAAAUCAAGGACAUAAUUAACAUUGUUGAAAGGUUUUUGUAGAUGGAAUGGUACGUUUGAAAGAAACAGGAAUACGUAAUGAGGCAAAUUAAAUGUAGUAACGUAUACUUUGGCUCAAAUACAACAAUAUAAGCAAUUAUAUUUUCCCCGUUCUGGGUUGCCAAACUCUCUUAUACUUGCAUUUACGCAGCCGUUCCUUGUUAGGUGUAAAAAUGUAUGAAAUUUUCGCUCAAAAUUUCCAUCUACAAAAACCCUUCAAUAUUUAUAUCCUUCAAUAUUUAUAUCCAAAAUCCUGAUAUUUACUCAUCAUUAACGUUCUACUUCCUUAUACUAAUUUGCAUUUCACGUUAAAAUAUGGCUUCAACUGUGAAUAUAGUAAAUUGUGUUACGAGUGAUGUUGUAAAUAGCAAAAUAUGAAAAUAAGGUAGGCCGUUUGCAACUUGUCCUGAUUGCUGGUAGCAAAACAAAGCAUGUUGAAGUAUUUAUGUAUUUGAUUGUUUUGCUUCACAUUUCCAGCCAUCCUGCUUUUCCUUUGUACCGAAGCUAUAUGUGAACAUGAUAUGUAAAUUAGUGAGGAAGAAGAAUAUAUCAUGCCCGUAAUUUUGUGGCUAUCUGCCUUGGGCAUUCAACAGAAAUUUCUCCAAGGCAAUGUCAAUAAUCACAAAAAGCAAGCAGGUGAAGAGGUUGUGAAAAUGUCAGAUGCAUCCACAUAUUAACGACAUAUAGUUGCAUUUUUCGCAGCUGUUCCUGGUUAGGUCUAGUAAAUGUAUUUGAAAUACUCAUUAAAAAUUCAUAAACCUUGUGUCAAAUCAUAUCAGCCAUAACAUGUCACGUGGAGUGACUUUAUAUCUGAUAAAACUCAUCUUCAUUAGUAUUCUUUAUAUAAAAAUUUUAUUGUUCAUCCUAAUUAGUAUGAUUAUAUAAUCGUUCAUCCUAAUUAGUAUUCUUUUGUUGUCGUAUUUUAAGCUAUUCAAAACACUCGAACUCGCGUUUUAUCAUAUCUAAAACGCUCGGUUGCGCCUCGCGUUUUAAAUAUGACAAAACACUCCUUCUCGUAUUUUAAAUACUACAUAAAAUUUACACUCGAUCAUUUCCAUCUACAAAACUCAUUAUUAUUAUUCCCGAAGUUCAAUAUUUAAGGGUUACAGAUGACCCUAUAGACUUUCUACAAGUCGCCCGCUGGGUUGGUGAGUGUGUGGAGGCGACAUAAAUAUUUUCGUGUUCAUUGACUGUGAAAACAAUCAAUUUCUAAAGAAAUGAAUAAUGAUAAUAAUUUUGAAUUUGCAUAGCGGGACUAAAUUGUCGCUGGUAGCCUAGUCAUCAAGGAAAUGGGGAUUCUGAAGUGAAGGACUUUGGAAAGUCAAGGAUGUUCUAUAAAUCUACAAGUAUUCAAUAAUUGAAAUAACUGUUGUUGGUUAUUUUUCUUGCUGUUAUAUAGAUUAAAGAUAUUCCUGAUGCUCCUCAGCUUAUAGUUGACGGUGGAUUAAUCAAGUUCAACAAUGUUCAUUUUUCGUACGAGAAAGGGUAAAUACUGCUUAUUGUACUCUUGCCCCGAUGGCCUCGUUUUCAUGUGGUUAUUUUCUCAUGUUUGUUGUCAUUAAGCGACAAAAGUUACUAUGGAAAAAUGAAUGUACAUUGUGUUAAAUAUAAUUUUUGUUCUUACUAUAGUAAAGAAAUUUUAAAAGGUAUAUCUUUCCUUGUAAAACCUGGUAAAACUCUUGCUUUGGUAAGUAUAUAAUUCCAAUUCUGAUGUAACUAGAAAUACAUGCAUGCAAUAAUACGUGUAUGUGGAUUAAUCCCCCACCCCUCGCCUAUAUUUUCCAAGCAUUGUUUCAACAUGAAGUAUUCUAAAUUACUCCAACACUGAACGCAGACUCGCGUUGCUCGUGUCGUGUUAGUCAUGGCAACACGGUCAUUGUUUCAUUGUUUUUUUAAAAUUAUUUUUGUACAAAGUGGAAAAAAAUGAAUGAAAAUUAAACACUUGUAACUGUAGAACUAUCAAUUUCUAAAAUUUAUAAAGUUGGUAUUUUAUUUUGCAUUUUAUGGGCUUUAUUUUAAUGUAAAAUUCAACACGAACGCUCCAUAAAACGUUUUUAAAUGUUCAUGGAAAUGAACUGCAUGCUUAAUUUGCCUUCGUACUUUGAAACUAAUUUUAAAUCAUGGAAAUAUUAAGUUGCUCUUCCUUUUAGUUUGAUUUUGUUUCAUUUGCUCUCCUUUAGUUUUAAACUUUCACACACAAAGAAAAGGAAAGCUGUACAUGUUUUAGGCACAAAUUGAACAAAGUCACGUAUAAACAGUCAACAAACAUACCCUAUAGCUACUUCAGGCUUUUCUCGUACUAAACCAAUUCUUAUCGUUUCUUUAAAAAUGGGAAAAUGUUUUACAACUUAAUGUGUGAAACGAUUUACCUAGCUUUCCUACAUGUUUUUUUACAUCUUUGCUUUCUUCAAUCCUGUCAAACAGGUAUAUUUUUGAGAUCAGUGAGAUGGGUGUAAAUAGCCGAGUAGAAUUAGUACCCCUGCCACGGGCUCCACACGAGUGGCUCGGGGAAAAUGUUGCUUACGGUUACCAUUUAAAACCUCCCUAUCUUUGCUGCUUAAUUUGCUACGAAAACUGCAAUCUUUCCCUCACCAAUCUUCUACUGAAACAAACUCAAUAAUUCAGAAGGAGUCAACUCCCACCCCAAUAAUUUCUGAAAGCCUUUAAAUGAUAGCUGAAUAACUGUGGUAGUAUAACAAGGCAUGUAGUAAAACACUGACUACCGGAACACCGGAACACCACCGGAACACCGGAACACCACCAUUUUGUUUAGGGUUUGGGGUUAGGGUUUGGGGUUAGGGUUAGGAUUGGGGGGUUAGGGUUGGGGUUCGGGUUAGGGUUGGGGGUUAGGGUUGGGGUUAGGGUUAGGUGGUGUUCCGGUGGUGUUCCGGCGGUGUUCCGGUGGUGUUCCGGUGUUCCGGUAGUCAGUGUUUUACUGCAUGCCGUAUAACAAAGCUGUAACAAUAGUUUUUGAACCAUGAAAGAAUUGAUAGUACAAGUUACAGUUAUACAUAGUACAAGCUACAGUGUAUGCACUGUGUGAAAUUUGAAGCAAAAAGUUUUCAGAACUAAGAUUCCCACCUACAAAAGCAGAGUUGCAAAAAAGCUGCGAGUAUGAGGGUACCACCCGUGGGGAAGGUUUAUAUACCAUAUGUGAGGUCAUUGAGGAAGUGUCGAACAUUCUUCCCCAGACUGUAUUAACACUAUAAAAAAUAAAUGACACAGUUGAUCAGGCAGAUUGAGGUUGGCAGGAUGCUGAUGUUGUACUGGUAGUUAUGACUAACAACAUUUCUUUACGCUGUAGGCUAGCAGUAGGAACCUUCUGUGACUGGCGUUUCGGCGGCAAUCGUAUAACAUAUACAUCUAGAUAUAGUUGGCAGUCCGUAUACAUGAUUGUCACAUGUUGGCAACCUAAUUCACUCAAUUUGAUUGUUCUUAUUCACCAUACAUAUCCAUCAUUUAGUGAUAUAUAUUAUAUUGGUGUUAUUACAUGAAUUAUAUUAUAUAUCUUGUUGUCCAGGUUGGUCCAUCAGGCAGCGGCAAGAGUACUGUUAUUCGAUUAUUGUUUCGAUUUUAUGACAUUGACUCGGGAUUAAUUAGCAUUGAUGAUCAAGACAUCAGUAAGGUACAGUAUUUAUAUCUAUGUACAACUGUAAAGUUUUUGGUGUAGCAAUUAGCCAUGCAAACAUUUCUUUGUGUUUUCUUGUCUUUAUCGUUUUGAGAAGCAUACUGCAGACAUAUCGGGGGCUUCCUGAAAGACUAGAAAAGACAAAGAGAGAUUCCGCUCCGCGCGUAAAAUUCCACCUAGUGGAAAACGGUCUUAAUACUUCUCGUACCGUGUAAUUUCCGAUACAAAUUGUUCAUGAUUAUGAAUUAUAUUUAAGGUUUCUCAGAAAUCCCUACGUCAACACAUCGGAGUUGUUCCACAGGAUACGGUGUUGUUCAAUGACAAUAUAAGGUAUGUCAUGUAUUACGGUCCAUUCAGAUUAGUCUAACAUGUUGGUCCUACAUCAUCCUGUAUUGUCAGUCGCAACAUGCAUGUUGGGUCUGUGUGAGCGUUGUGUUUGGUAAUGUUGGCUGAUGAUCACGUCCUCAGAAUCACGUUCAGAUUUUCCAACAUUGUUGGACCAAUUUUGGUCUGUUAGACUGACUGAAACAAGUCAUUCCCACUUUGUGCUGUAAAAUGUAAAUUGCAAAAGGUUCCUUUGUCACAACACAAAUUAGCCGCAGGAAAUGAAGACAUCUUAAGUAUUUGUAUUGAGAAAUGCUGUUUGCCGAGUUGGGGGAUUUCAUUUGAGAUUCAAUUCAGAAUAUUGUGGGGGUUUUUUUAAUUACAGUAUUUAUUAUUAGCAUGACAAAAUUACUGGAUGCUGAUUGGUUGAGAGGAGUACAAUUAUUUCAUUAAUUGUACUGCAGUACAAUUAAUGAUUUUCUCAAAACAAACAAAAUGGCGGAAAGGUAUUUUAAACACAAACAUGAACUGAAAUUGCCCGUGAGGAACUAGAUGAAAAUACGAACAAAAGCACCAAAUUUUGCUUGAACAAAAGAACUAAAUGAAAAUACAAACCGAAAUAGAUUAACUACCGAAAUAGAUUAACUCAAACACUAAACUCGUGUGUAAUAUUCACAUUUUGCGUUUCCCAAUAGAAUUUCAUUCAUGACUAUUUCUUCUCUCAGCUAAGCUUUUCUCCAACAAUGCUCUUUGUUGACCGAUUGUAUUUUUGUAUUUGCGCCAGCCGAUAUAAUGCCAGGUCUGUAAGUGUGAUAUAUGGCCAAUAAGCAAUAGCGACGUAAUGCUCCCACAAAGUUACGUAAUAUUCCCUAGAGCAAACAAUCCAAGAUGGCGACUACAAAAAAGAGUUGAUCUGUUCGUACAAAUGAGAAUCAGAAAGUGAAAAAGUCCGUAACUGCGGGUACUAUGGCAACAAUGACGUUCCAAAAUGGCUGCUAAUUUUCAUUUGAACUAGCUUAAUUCGAAAACAGCGUCGGUGACCCCCAAUUUUUAUUUUAUUAAAAGUUUUUUUCUAGUAUGAGCAAUCAUUAGGACAAUUUUUGUUGCAUGCCAUAUAUGGCAUGCAACUUUCAUAUAGCUCUAAAUUUCGUGUGGCGGAGAGCGGUGAGAGGUGAGCGGUGAGCGUACUAGUCACGUGGCAGAUUCGUAAAAUACGACAAAUACCGAGUUUUUCCGAUGAGCAUUUUCAUGCCUAGUUUUCGUCGAGGAAACGCAAAGAAAUAUUGAUUAUUCGCCGAAAAUUUACAUAAUUGAGCGCCUUUACUGUUUUUAGCUUACCUUAUAUUCUGUUAUUUGCUGUGAUUUUGGAGCCGUUGUGCUCGCACUGAUUAUUUAUCAAUUAUCAGGCGUUUAUAUUUAUAUAUCGUGAAAGCCUCAUAGCCGCGAACGCUAUCAAAAUACUCAAGCCAUUGUGCUCGCACUGAUUAUAUUGUGUGCAAAGCUUCAAAACUUAUACAGCACAUUUUGUAAAUAACAUGAUAUAUAAAUAUCAAACAAAAUUUGAAUUAUAAAUAGUAUUUAUACAUACUAUUGAAAUUUAAUACAACGAAAUAGCAACCAUUGUGAAGUACGCAUAAGAUUCAACAUGACAUUCAACAUGACAUUCGAUAUAGUGUAAAUUAACUCAUUUCAAUCACUCAAACGUCAAAAUGAUAAAUAAUAAUCAUUUUCAAUCUAUUAUAGUAAUUCACCGUUUUCACGGGUUUUUAUACCUUUAAAAAGUUACAAUAAAGCUAAAUCUAAUGGAAAUAACGUUAUUUAGUUAUAAAUUUGAUAAAACCUUGACCAAAACUUGUCCUUAUUAUUGUUAUUGUUAUUAUUACCGUCGCUUGCAACUAACUAUUAACGGUCGCUUAUAGAAACAUUGCCUAUUCGCGUAUUUCUGCUGGGGUCUACACCGUAGGCUAAUUCGCGUGAGAAUCUUAAGUUUUCUUAUUUUGACAUAAUAGCUAUUUUUCAAUAAAUAUAUAGAUGUUUUAAACUUAUUGAAUCAAUAUUUUAAGUUUCACGCCAGUUGUACCAAAGGAUUAUAUAAGCGCUAUAGCGCACCAUAAGUUUCAGAUGGCAUGCAACAUGUACGCACUGCGUACCUAUUUUUAAAACAUUCUGUGGAUCCAAAAUUUUUCAAAUCGAAAAGAACGUGUUUAUUCCUGAGAAAAAAUUUUUGGAUCACAGAAUUUUUUUUAAAUUGUCCUAAUGAUUGAGCAUACUAGAAAAAAACUUAAUAAAAUAAAAAUUGGGGGUCACCGACGUUGUUUUCGAAUUAAACUAGCUUAAAUGCAAAUUAGCAGCCAUUUUGAAACGUCAUUGUUGCCAUAGUAACCAUAGUUACGGACUUUUCCGUUACAGUUUCUGAUUCUCAACAUACUGUUCUAUACAAGACAUCUGGUUUCAUUCUUCUAUAAAAAUACCAAUGUACAAAAUUGUCGGAAAUGUGUCUUUUCCACUGUAAGGAGCCACCUUAAUUAAGCCAGUUGUGAAUCACUUCUGAAUAUUGUUUCGGUAUUUUUGUAAAGAUAUGGGGCAUGAUCUCUAUACAACAUCUCACAUAUUUUACGGUGAAUGUAAAAAGCGGGAUGACCGUGUGGGUUACUUAAGGUGAGGGUUGCGGUUAGGGUUAGGAUUGGGGUUUGGGGUUCAGUACUUUAGAGUCAAAGAAAAUAUCAAAAUUUGCGUUCGCAUGCCAUUCCGCACACACUUCACAUGUCAUUCCGCCUCACAUAUUUUGUUCGCUCCUCCCAAAUUUAUCCCUAUAUUUUCCCAAUGAAGAAAUUUCCCCUCGGGAGACAUACCGUACAUUCAGGUGACACUAUGAGGAAAUUUGUGCCAGCAAGGGGGGGGGGGAGUUUCUUUUUGUGGGGUAUUUAUAUGUUACAUGACCUCGUGCUAAUACUCUUUGUAGAUACAAUAUCCGUUAUGGUAGAGUAGAAGCAACUGAUGAAGAGGUGGAAGAUGCAGCAAGUGCUGCUGAUAUUCAUGAACGUAUUCUUUCUUUUACAAACCGUAAGUUGUUAUUGCUGUUGUUUCAGCUUGUUUUACCGUCAUACGAAAUCUGAUAGCUUUGGCACUUUUUCGCUUUGCUAUGCGUGUUUCUUUUUGACAAAAUUGUUGAAAGUUUAUUUGAGUUGAAACAUUACUCUCUGAUCGAGAUUUGUUUUUGCUUAUUUCAAUAUGCACAAUCUGUUAACGAACAUGAAGUAUUAACACAUAAUGCCAAAAACAACAAGAAAUGUGCAAGUGUACUUCGUCAGAGAGUAAUAAAAGGGCAGUGCAUUUUGAUGAGCGUUGUUAUCAGCACUGGCAGAAUUUAUGCAGUUGAAAAUUUUUUAAAGUAUCCAUUGAGAAAGAAGAAAGUAUUUUAUAUCAGACAUUCAGACUUUCAAAGAAUUAGGAUUGUUCGUACACGUUUGUAACUGAAUGAAUUUGCGUGCAGUUCCGAACUCCAUUCACAGUCGUGUGAACGUACUCUAAUACUUCAAAUUGAAAAUGUUGUUUCUUUUUGCGUCUGUAUCAUGGGACCUUGUAUUUAUCAUCUGUAGAAUACGAAACGUUGGUAGGUGAGCGAGGUCUGAAAAUAAGUGGAGGAGAAAAGCAACGUGUUGCUAUAGCAAGAACUAUAUUAAAAAACCCACCAUUAGUUCUUCUUGACGAGGUAAACAUUAUUCGUAUUAGUUUAUUUACUGUCCUUUAUUAAUAUCAAUUGUUUAAUAUUGUGCAUUUGCCAUACUUAUUUCAUAACCCAACUAUUUAAUAUGUCCAUCAGAAGGAAUAUUUUCUAUUCAAUUGAGUCAUAUUGAGCAAAGCAAAAUAACAUAUUCAGAUCCUGUGUAUAGAUGUAACUUUUGACAACUAUUUUAAUCAUGCAGUAUAUCUGUCAAGGUGACAUUCUUAAGAAAUAAACAUAUAUUAAGAAAAAGUAAAAUCUGGCGUGCAUUUAUGUAAAUCAGCAAAGAUAUAAUGCUACUUUAACCCAUUCUUCUGAAAUCUUUCAGGCCACAUCAGCGUUAGACACACAAACAGAAAGGAAUAUACAAGCAUCUUUAAGCAACAUGACCUCAAAUAGAACAACAAUUGUUGUUGCUCACAGGUACAGUAGCAGAACAAUUUUCUUAUAAAAUAUUUCACCCCAAAACAUAAUCUUCCUCUCAUAACGUACCAUUAACAAAAAUCCUCUCCUCUCCAGUUGUGCAAGAUUGAGUCUAUAGUUUCAAUAAAUAAAUCUGAUAAUACUACACCAGCAUUCUGGUUCAUAUAUAGAAACCACACAGUUUUCUUAUAAUGGAUUUUGUUUCAAAACAGUCUGAUGUGUGUUUAUGGUAGUACGGAAAAUUCACAUUGCAUAUUCCAUAAUUUAUAUUAUGUGAAAUUCAGGAUCUUUCAUAUGAAAUUUGACUUUCCAAAAUAUGUUUUUUAACAUGUAAAAUUUAAAGGUUUAUAUUAUGCGAACGUUGAUUUCACAUGUGAAAUUAUUAUUUAAUAUGUGGCAUUGAAAUAUUUCGGAAUUUUCAGCUGUGAAAUCGUAUGUGAAAUUUUGAUAAACUUCUGUGCAUGCAGAUAUUGUGCGCGAGUUCGCAGAAACCUAGUAGUAUAAUUUUUUUUCUGAAAUAGUCUUACGUUUAUUGUAGGCUUUCAACCAUAGUUAAUGCUGAUCAGAUUCUAGUACUCAAGGAAGGGGAUAUUGUGGAAAGAGGACGGUAAGCGCUUUUCCUUUAAAUUUUCCUACAAAUGUUUUUUUCAUCAAAGUGAGGAAGCUAUAAAAUGUUAAAAAAAAAUUAUUUUGCGGAUGUGUGGUAUUUUCCUGGAAAAAAAUGAUGAAAAUUCUGAUGUUUUAAGCGAAUUUAGACCUUUUUCUAUUCGUAAUCUAUUUCUAUUCUAUGUGAAUCGACAUACUGUAGUAACGUAAUUAAAAUGCAUGUAAUUGAUCUAUUUUGUCCGUGACUGGAUAAUAUAUAUAGCUUUUUACACUUGAAUUAGAAUAUUAUAGGGCUUGAAAGUUCGAUUGACGUUUAUUAAAAGAACCCCAGUUAGUCUAAGUUAUGUUAUAAUUAUAGUAUAUUUAUCUUAAUUUUCAUUCUUCUUCAACGAUUCAUUAUGAUUAUUUCCUUAUAGACACCAAGAGCUGUUGGAUCGACAAGGUAUAUAUGCAAAUAUGUGGCAACAACAGUUAACGGCGGAGCAAGCCGAUGAGAAGGAUAAUCAAGAAUAAUAUUUUCCAAUGGAACUACUGUUAAUCUUUAAAUUUAUUGGACUUAUAGCUGAAUAAUUGUGUAACAAAAAUUAAUGUAACAAUUUUUCAACCAUGAAAGCAUCGGUAGAAUAAAAAUUCAGCUGUAUAUUGCAUGAAAUUUAAAGGCACAAUUUAAACAAUCAUACUUUAUUUUCUUUACAUACUUUUUACAUACUUUACAUAGUGGCAAAUAUUAAGUUUACGACCAUCAUUGCAUGUUAAUCCGUCCUCCUUGCCCUGUAUUUUAAAAUAUCCCGGAACCUCCGUGCCCCGCAUUCUAAAAUUUCUGAUAGGAAAACUUAUACGGCGGUAGCGAAAAAAGGGGAGUCCAUAUUCAUCAAUGGUUUGCAUUUUGUUCUAUAAAAUACCAUGACCUUCUGUAAUGAAAUUGACAUAACAGGGCAGCCAUGUUAAAAUACGAUUUAAUAAUUGUUUUAGUAUAGGACCAAAUGAAAACCUCUGCACCGGACUCUUUUUCUAUGCACUUGUCUUAUUUACUCCUGCGGGGGAUCGAUGCUAUAUUUAAUAGUUAUUCUGCGAACUUGAUUCGUAUAUGAGCUAAAAACCGCUUGGCCUUGAAAAUUUGAAAUGUUUUUGUUUUACAACUCGAAGUGAAAGAAAUGGUUUUAGAAACGGUACAUCUCACAGAAAAGCUCAGAUAUAUUAUACAGAUGUUUGGUAGUAUAGUAUGCAUUUGCUUGUUGACUGCAAAUUUAUUUGUUUUUCGUUGCGAACGUUUCUAAACAAUUUAUAUUCUCGAUGAUGGUGUUAUUUUCGCUGGGUUUUUUUGUAUUGAUUAUUUUUAAAAAGCUUGUAUUUAAACUAAUUUCUAUGUAAUAAAU